AUGCCACUUUCAAAACCACCUCCACCUCCACCAAAGCCUGAAUUUGGUGAACCUUCUACACCCAAAGACUUUAAUGAGAAAUUUAAGCAAAAACCUUUAACAAAAUACAUGAAUCCUUGUGCUUUAGAAGAAAAGCAAAGUAUGAAAUGUCUCGAUGACAACAACUAUGAGAAAGACAAGUGCAAUUACUUUUUUAUGCAAUACCGUGAAUGUAAAAAGAAAUGGAUGGAAGAACGACGACGACUUCGUAGAGCAGGUGAACUCUAA